GCGCGCGCACUUAACCGCGCGCCGCCAAUAACCCGUCGCAAAACGCGGCAAGCGCGCGCCUCUAUCGAUGAACAGUGAAACGUGCACACACCCGACUAUAUUGUGAAAAUUUUGUGUUAAAAAUUACUAACAGUGAAAAGUACCUAUAUAAUCUAACAGAAAUAUUAAAAUAUUUUAUAUUAACUAAGAAGUUUUUCACGGGAUACAUGUUAAUACAUGUUAGUGACACGAUAGUUAUCGUGAGAUGGGAGAACAAGUAAAACGGGUAGGGCGAGCGCGCUGACUGGGCAUGUGGGCGCGCGCGGCGCGAAUCCUGCGGCGCGUGGCGUUGCUGGUCCCGCUGUUGUUGACCGCGCUGGCGCUACUGCUGCUGCCGCGCCCUCCACCCUUCAGCACCUCAGCGCGGCUCCCAUCACCACCAUCUACCCAACCAUUAGUCAGAGAUGAAUUUCACGCACAAAACUCUAUAACAGAAAAUGAAAUUAUAUUUAACGAAGAAGGCGAUGAGUUUUCUAAACGACCAUGGUUCAUAUCUGGAGGUGAACAGCGUCCAAAACGUCAUGAACCUCAUGCUAAGAUCUUCCCCGAAGAUUCUCCAGGUGAUGACAGGAUUGUCGAGCAAUUAAUGUAUACGUUGCCAAAAGAUGAAGAUGUGCCUAUCAAGAAAAUAUUACUAGCGAACGGGUUAGGAGCCUGGGGGGUAUCAGGUGGAAGAACCGAGUUCAUCAGGAACAAAUGUCCCGUUGAUCGGUGCACGUUAACAGCGGACUCACGGGAGGCCGCCACGGCUGAUGCUAUAUUGUAUAAAGACCACCAUACACCCUUUAAUGUUAAAAGACCAAUUAAUCAGAUUUGGAUACUAUAUUAUUUAGAAUGUCCAUACCACACAGCAUCUCUUCGUCCUACGUCCCUGGACGUAUUCAACUGGACGGCGACCUAUCGUCGGGAUUCGGACAUAGUGGCUCCGUACGAGCGAUGGGUUUAUCACGAUGCAUUAAACACAGAGAAAGAUUUAGAGAGGAAUUAUGCUGCAAAUAAAACAAAAAAGGUCGCAUGGUUCGUCUCAAACUGCCACGCCAGGAACCGACGUUUACAAUAUGCCAGACAAUUGUCCAAGUUCAUUCCGGUCGAUAUCUACGGCGCAUGCGGCUCCCACCACUGUCCGCGCGCUGAUCCCAACUGUUUGGAAAUGUUGGAUAAGGAGUAUAAGUUUUAUCUGGCUUUCGAAAAUUCCAACUGUCGUGAUUACGUCACUGAGAAAUUUUUCGUAAACGGAUUGCAACAUGACGUCGUACCCAUAGUAAUGGGAGCACGUCCCCCCGAAUAUGCAGCAGUGGCGCCACAUAAUUCAUACAUUCACGUCGAAGAAUUCGCUGGACCAGAAGAGUUAGCUGCUUAUCUGCGACGCUUAGACGAGGAUGACACACUUUACAACUCAUAUUUCAAGUGGAAAGGCACAGGCGAAUUCAUUAAUACGUACUUCUUCUGUCGCGUGUGUGCGAUGGUCCACGCAAACGGCCGGCGCCAGCGUAGUGCUCACUACACCGACGUGCAGGCGUGGUGGCGCGACGGCGCCUGUACGCGCACCGAGUGGCGCGCCACGCGUGAUCAGCAAAGCCUACGAGACCCGCCAUAAUCAAUUAGCUGUAUAUUAAAAAAACCCUUAAUUCUUAAUUGACAACCAAAAGACAAGGUCAAGACAGAACUACGUAAAACAUCCAUUGUACCUACAUUUUAAAGGCAAUUUGAUUUUUGAGACAGUCAUUAAACGCACAUUACGCUCGAGCUUUAUCGUCGCAUCUCUGUAAAUUGCAACCCCAUAAAUGGUCCUAUAAAAAUAUUUAACCACACAUGUGAAGUAUCGAUAAAUAUUUAAUCUUUAAAUUAAAAUCGCAUCAUUAACGUGGAUUACUUUGAAAAGACGACCUCAUUCUCUUAAGCACAAAAUAUUAAGUGUUACUUAAAUUUUAUUUCUAGUUUUAAUAAAAUAUUUUAUGAAACGUGUUUUUUUUAAGUGGGAAAGUAUGAGGGGAAAUCUUAAAAAUAUAUCAAUUACAUUAAGUAUUAUAAUCUAAACAGUCAAGCAUUAGUUGUUCAUAUUUAUUUUUCUUUGUAUCUAUCUACUUCGAAUCGGUGGUAAUGGCUACAAUUAUUGCACACAUAGACUGAUAUAACACCGGCGAAAAAUGGGAUAUGAUUUUAAGUGUUUAUGUUGUUCUAAGAACGAAAAUGGAAUUUUUCACAGAAUAUUUUCGUUUGACCAAAAAGAUGGUAUAGCAUUAAAAAAAAGGCAACAACAACAAUAAUUGUACCAAAAAUGAUUUUUUAUCAUUUAUAACGUUAUGGUUGAAAUUUUUCCUAUACUGUCUCAGUUUAAAAAUAAUACACGAUAAUAUAUUUUUUAUUAAGUAUUUGUUAUGUUAAAGUGGUUAAUUGAAUAGUGUACUUAUUGUACGACAAUUUUUGACUUUGAUUUUUUUGCGAAUUGUACUUAGUUCAAAAACAUUCCACCUACCAUAAUAAAAAAAAAUACUAUUCGCGUCCAUUAUGAAUAUUAGUCCACGACGGCGUUGAAUUUACUCUAUACAUAGUAUGAUAUUAUAUGUAUUGCGUCGAUAGAAUGUUUUGAAUCAUGUUAUAGUUGCAAUUACUAUAUCGAGGAUUUUGAAAAACGAGAAUAUUCUUAAAUUAAUUGUUAAAUUAUUUAUGCUUACUUCGUUGUUACCAUAAAAUGUUUGUGAACGAGACCUGAUAAAUAAAAUACCUAAUUAACACGAUAGGUACAUAAAAACGUUGAUAAGUUUUAAUUAUAUGCAAGAUGCGCAUGUUUCUGUCAGAAAAAUAGAUACUUUUAAGAUUAGAUGGUAUUGUUAUACGCUUUAUGUUAAAUAUUUAUAUUUCUAAGGAAAAGACAUUAAUUUGUUAUUUUUAUUAAAAUACUAUUGCAUACUGAGCCAGUAAUUAUAAUUAUUAUAUUUAAAAACUUUUGCUUUUUUUUCUGUUUACUGUGUUUUUAGUUUUUAUUUACUUAAUAUAAUAUAUUUUUAAGAAUUAAUGCAAUGUAAUAGUUAUGAAAAAGUAGUGUUUUAGACCAUACAGGGCAUUUUAAGUACUGCAAACCCUUUGAUUCAAAGGUUUUUACCGUACAUUAUUUUUCUUUAUUAGAUUUAAUGUGACAAUUAUUCAAUUAUCAAUAUAAUAAUAUAAUAAAAAAACGAAACAAAAUAUGAACUAAACCAUAAAGUUCAGUGUUUUCUAAAAUUAAAAUAAAGCUGAUAAAAAAUCAAUGUAGCUACGUCACGCUUAACACUGUAAACCUAAAGAUGUUCCAAUAUUCUUUACUAAUCUCGUUUCAUUUGUUUUACUCGAUAAGCCUUUUGCCAAUUCCUUAUGCAACAAGUGCGAGCUUACGAGAAAUAUAUUGUUUAUUAUUUGUACAAAUAAACUAAUUUUGUUUUAUAUUAUUUUUUACACAUAAUGUAUUUGUAUAUGUCUGUACAUAGUCUUCAAAAAUCUUGUUAGAAUCAAGCUCAUGUGUCUAGUCAUGGCGCUAAUGGAAAUUGAGCACAAAAAGUAUUUUUUACAUGCGAUUUUAAUAAGUGUUAUUAUUUAAUUAUAGCACAAAGUGUUAUUUUAGUUAUAACAUACCAUAUUGCAUUUUAUAAGUUAUUUUGCACUUCUCUAAGAAGUUUUCUAUGUUUACCUUAAGAGUAUUUAAAGUUUGAUUAAUAAUUAUGUUGCAAGUGUUUUUUAAUAACUGUUUUUACCAGUUAGAAGUAUAAUAAAUUUAUUUCAUCAAAUGUUCAUCAAACACAAAAAAAUAAAAUAUUUUGUAUGUAUUCAAUAUAUGUUUCUAUGUCCAAAUACCGAAAAUUGUAUGUUUUUUCUUUACGGUUUUUAAAUUUUUUUGAGUCAAUAUUUUGUGUGUAUUGCCAUAAAUAUUAUUUCAGUUACCAUAAAAACCUAUGGUUAAAUUUUAUUGUGAAUGUCAGGAAAUCGACUAAAAUAUAAUUUUGUUUAUGAUGUAUUAUUCUCAUAUUCAUUAGAAAUCUUGCAAGUAAUAAUUUAUGGACUAAUAUUACCUAAUAUAUAUCAUGAUAUUAAAACACAAAGUAUGUAUUUGAAAUUUUGUGUGUUAAUUUUUCAAUAAAAAAAAAACUGUUACAUAAAUAUAAUUAAAAUUUGAGAAGGGACAUGAAUUAAGUUUUAGUUACAAUCUUUUCAAUCCAAUUUUAUACAAUAUUUUCUUGUAACAAGCACAUUCUUAUAUACUUAAUCG